CAACACAACUAGCUAGGCAAAAGCAAACUAGUUCAUCCACAAUUUACAUUCAUUCACUAAUUUACAAAAUUUUCGACCAUGACUGCCUCAACUCAAUUUGCUGCUUCUCUGAUCCUCCUAUGUUUCUCUCACUUUCUAAGAGGGUCUAAUUCAGCAACAUUCACAAUCGUAAACAAGUGUAGCUACCCAGUUUGGCCGGGGCUUUUGUCCGGCGCCGGAACGGCGCAACUCGCCACCACCGGCUUCGCCCUGCAGCCCGGCGAUUCCAGCGCCGUCGCGGUGCCCACCGCCUGGUCCGGCCGCCUAUGGGGCCGAACCCUAUGCACCACGGACUCCGCCGCAAGAUUCUCCUGCGUCACCGGAGACUGCGGCUCCUCCGCCGUGGAAUGCGGCGGCGGAGGCGCCACCCCGCCGGCAACGCUGGCAGAGUUCACCCUAAACGGCGCAGGCGGGCUGGACUUCUACGACGUGAGCGUGGUGGACGGGUACAACCUGCCGAUUCUAGUGGAGGCGCAGGGCAGCGGGAACUGCACGGCGGCGGGGUGCGCGGCGGACUUGAACGGUGGGUGUCCGGCGGAGCUGAGGGUGAGGACGGCGGCGAGUGGGUGGGGCGUGGCGUGCAAGAGCGCGUGUGAGGCUUUUGGAGAUCCGAGGUAUUGCUGUAGUGGGCCCUACGCGACGCCUGAAACAUGCGAGCCAAGUUCGUACUCGCAGGUUUUCAAGAGCGCGUGCCCACGCGCUUAUAGCUACGCCUACGACGAUGCCACCAGCACCUUCACUUGCGCCUCCGCAGAUUACCGCAUCACUUUCUGUCCCUCAUCCUCCAGAAGUUCGAUGAAGUCAGGGAAUGGGAAAUUGCCAGUAGCAGUAGAUAUCUCAGUUGGCCGAACCAAUGCUGACAAGUCAUCGAAGGUCAUGCCAAUGGCUAUUGCCGCUGUUUUAUUAACAAUAUGGUGGCAAUUCAAUUAGCCAUUAGGUGUGGUGUGGGUACAUUACAUUGCAUGUUUCUUUUUUUUUUUUUUUUUUUUUUUUUUUUUUUUGUCUUUUUUUCUGUCACAGUUCAUUUAGGGAUGAGAUAUAUAGCAAAUAGCAAUCAUAACUCGCCUCACAAUUCCAGAAUCGGGAUUUUAAAUCGUAUUUUGGUCAUAAAGAUGGUUGCGUUAUGUAUAUAUUUAUUGGCAUUUAAGUUGCAAGCUAAUGCAAUUGUAUAGUGUACAAUUAGGGAGUGAUACAGUUGCAGAGACAACCACAACUAAGAUGUUGUGGUGCAUCACA